GAACAGACGGGUUUCCUCCCUGCGGACGUGAGGUGUCCGGGGCCGUCUGCGCUGGGACUUGGGACAUGAGCCCCCCAGAAGGGCGGUCCUGGCCGUGAAGGACAGCGUGGGUGGGAAAGAGCCAAGCCGGUCAGCAUGGCGUGACGUGAGGAGUUUGCGAAGGGGGUAGGGGCUGUGCCUGGAAAAGAAGGACGUGCUCGGUAGUUUAUCGAAUGACAGACAAACCGGUAAAAACCCAGAGGAGGUUUGAAUCCAGUCCGAGGAGGAGCACUGGGAACCGUCUUUCUGCCAGCAUGGACGAAGCUUUGCCAGGCCGCACACCUGAAAAUGGAGACAGCCUUGUCAAAGUGAAGGAGGAGGACCCCACCUGGGAGCAGACGUGGGGCUCAUGGGAGAGCAGCCGCCAGGCUCAGGAGCUUUGCCGCCUGCGAUUCCGGCAGUUCUGCUACCGGGAGGUAACUGGGCCCCGCGAGGCGCUGAGCCGGCUCCAGGAGCUCUGCCGUCGGUGGCUGCGGCCCGAGACGCACAGCAAGGAGCAGAUCGUGGAGCUGCUGGUGCUGGAGCAGUUCCUGACCAUCCUGCCCGAGGAGCUGCAGGCCCGGGUGCGGGAGCAGCACCCCGAGAGCGGGGAGCAGGCGGUGGCUGUGCUGGAGGAUCUGGAGAAAGUCACAGGAGACGGAGGACAGCAGGCUUCUGUCUAUACUCAGGGACAGGACAUGUACCCACUGGUGACAGAAUAUCAAGGAGCCUCUUUGGAGUGUCAGAGCCUCCAGCUCCUGCCCCGGGUAACCACCUUGAAGUGUGAACCUCCAGAGCUCUGCCAAGGGAACCCCCAAGAAGGCCUGCUCCCCCCGGGGACGAGCCAGAGGCAAGGACGCAGCCGGGUCCCAGCUGAAGAAGUUGUAACUAAAGAUGGAUUAUUUAAUGCAAAGAAAGAAACUUCUCAAGAAGUGGAGCACGGUGCUGAGGCCCCAGGAAUACCCGACAGAAAUUGUGUGCCCCAGCCACCUUGUACUUCUGUCCAUACGGAAAGAACAGUUGCACAUUUGAACACUCUGAAGGACCGUCACCCGGGUGACUUGUGGGCCCGAAUGCACAUCUCAUCCUUGGAAUAUGCUGCUGGAGACAUGACCCGAAAAGGGAGAAAAAAGGACAAAGCUCGAGUGAGUGAACUGCUACAAGGCCUUGCAUUUUCUGGUGAUUCAGAUGUGGAAGAAGAUAACAAGCUUGAGACCCACCAUGCUCAAAAAAAGCUAAAGAUGUCAAAUGUGCCAGAGAAGAAUUGGGCCAAAAGAGACAUUAAACCCAGCUUCCCAAGCUGGUCGGCACUGGAUUCUGGACUUUUGAAUCUCAAGAGUGAGAAGUUGAACCCAGUAGAGCUCUUUGAGUUAUUUUUUGAUGAUGAAAUAUUCAACAUGAUUGUCAACGAAACCAAUAAUUACGCAUCUCAGAAAAAUGUCAACUUGGAAGUCACAGUUCAGGAAAUAAGGUGUGUGUUUGGUAUCUUGCUUUUGAGUGGAUUUGUGAGGCGUCCCAGAAGGGGAAUGUAUUGGGAAAUCUCUGAUGCUGAUCAGAACCUGGUUAGAGAUGCAAUUAGAAGGGACAGAUUUGAAUUGAUUUUCUCAUACCUACAUUUUGCAGAUAAUAGCCACCUAGAUCAAAAAGAUAAGUUUACAAAAUUGAGGCCUCUCAUAAAGCAAAUGAAUAGAAAUUUCCUCCUGUAUGCUCCCUUGGAAGAAUACUAUUAUUUUGAUAAGACAAUGUGUGAAUGUUUUGACAGUGACCAGUUCCUGAAUGGGAAACCUAUUAGAAUUGGCUAUAAAAUUUGGUGUGGCACAACCACACAGGGUUAUCUGGUGUGGUUUGAGCCCUAUCAAGAAGAAUCAACAGUGAUGGUGGAUAAGGAUCUUGAUCUUGGUUUAGGUGGAAAUCUAGUGAUGCAUUUUGCUGAUGUUCUUUUAGAGAGAGGCCAAUAUCCCUAUCACCUGUGUUUUGAUAGCUUCUUUACAAGUGUAAAAUUGGUGUCAGCCUUGAAGAAAAAAGGAGUGAAGGCAACAGGAACAAUUCGUGAGAACAGGACUGAAAAAUGUCCCCUCAUGAGUACAGAACAUAUGAGAAAAAUGAAGAAGGGCUAUUUUGAUUUCCGAGUCGAAGAAAAUGAGGAGAUAAUUUUGUGUCGUUGGCAUGGUGAUGACAUUAUCAGUCUGUGCUCCAAUGCUGUAGGCAUAGAACCAGCCAGUGAGCUAAGUUGUUCUGCUGAUGAGGACGACAGCCAUCAGAUAGCUCAACCAUCUAUAGUGAAAUUGUAUGAUGAAUGCAGGGAAGGUGUAGCUAAAAUGGAUCAAAUCAUUUCCAAAUACAGGGUGAGAAUAAGAAGCAAGAAAUGGUACUCCAUUUUGGUAAGCUACAUAAUUGAUGUAGCCAUGAACAAUGCAUGGCAGCUACACAGAGCCUGUAACGCAAGUACCUCUCUAGACCUCUUGGAUUUUCGGAGAUAUGUCGCACAUUUCUAUUUGGAGCACAAUGCUAAUCUGUCAGAUUAAGGCAGAUAAAAUGAACACAAUGCUAGUAUUAAGACAAAAAAAUUACAGGUACAAAGCAGAUUGUACCCUUCCAAAGUAAACCUGAUGUAUAUAAUGGAAUUAUUAAGUAAUAUUUUUUAGAAGUCAAACAUCUAUGUAGAAUUUCAAAGACAUUAUUAUAACAAGUAAUUUUAAAAAUUAUCUGUAAAAAUGUUGAACUUACCUUUCUCUAUGACUAAUUUUUGGUGUGAGACACAUGAGAAGUCAUUUGUUAAAGUGAUUAAUUUGUGCCCUGGAAGAAUGAAAUUGUGCCUUUUUAAUUUUUUGUGGAGAUUUUUAAAAAUGCAAGCACUGUCAUAGUAACCAUAGGACGAUGCUGAAUCUACAGCUGAAAACUGAGGCAGAGCCCAUGACAUAAGGAUGAUCUAAGAAAGACCUUAGGUGAUGAGGCUGAAGACCUCAGUGUUGGUAUAAAACUGGAUCAGAUGGUGGGCAGGAGAGAAGGGCCAGGCAGGGGCGCCGGAAAGGAGUACUGUAAAGGAGAAAUUGGAAGCGAAGAAGUACCUCUGAAUACUGAAAUAAAAGGUGUAUCCUGUUGGGACUGUGGGAGUUGGCAGAGGCAGCUAAGAGUAAAGAAAACUGAGGAAAUAGGAAGCAAAUCGGGUAACAGUCGCAUCUUCAGGAGAAGAAAGGAAAAGUCAACAGUAGGAUGAAGUUGACAUAAAGCCCAUGGUGAAAAACCUGUAUGCCAACAAACUGAAAUGGAUAAAUUCCUAGAAACACAUAAACUACCAAAACUGAAUCUGGAAGAAAUAGAAAACUUGAACAGACCCAUAGCCAGCAAAGAAAUUGAAUCAGUAAUCAAAA